ACCUCUGCUGUUCAAUUGAGCCUAAAAAGUAGGGAACUUGGGCCGAAUGGGCUCUCGCGCUUUGUGCUUUGAUGCCAGAGGAGACAGAGAAAAAAACUAAACGGUCGAGAGGAUGACGAAGGAAACUAAGCAGCAACGACCCCAACAAUGGCGAUGACACGGACGACUGAAACCUUGUGACAUCGCCAGUUCCAAUGCCAAUCUCCAGCUAUAAGUCUCGUCCGCAUUUCCAUAGCCAUCAACCGACGAGGAGGAGGAGGAGCUCAACCGGUAGCUAUGCACCUUCAAAAUGGCUAUCGGCUCGACACCUCCAUCGACAUCCCCAAGCCGGCGGGCUUCGCCGGCCUGCACUUCUCGGAGCUGAUCUACACCGUGACGAAGAAGCAGAAGGUGGAGGAGCAUUGGGUGUCGCAGGAUGUGGAUCUGCUGCAUCGGAUAACCGGCCACGCGCCCAAGGGGCGCGUGACCGCCGUGAUGGGACCCAGCGGCGCCGGCAAGUCCACCUUCCUCGACGCCCUCGCGGGCCGCAUCGCCAGCGGCAGCCUCCAGGGGAAGGUGACCUUGGACGGCCGUGAGAUUCACCCCAGCCUGAUGAAGCACGUCUCCGCCUACGUGAUGCAGGACGACCGGCUCUUCCCCAUGCUCACCGUCUACGAGACGCUCACGUUCGCCGCCGACUUCCGCCUCGGCUCCAUCCCCAUCCAGGAGAAGAAGGAGAGGGUGGAGAGGCUCAUCGAGCAACUAGGGUUGACGUGGUCCAGGAACACUUACAUCGGCGACGAGGGGACGCGCGGGGUGUCGGGGGGCGAGCGGCGGCGGGUGUCGAUCGGGGUGGAUAUCAUCCACAAGCCGGCGCUGCUGUUCCUGGACGAACCCACCUCGGGGCUCGACUCCACCAGCGCCCACAGCGUGAUCGAGCGGGUUCAUAACAUCGCCCGCGACGGGAGCACCGUCAUCCUCACCAUCCACCAGCCGUCGAACCGCAUCCAGUUGCUGCUCGACCAUCUCAUCAUCCUAGCCCGCGGGCAGCUCAUGUACAUGGGCGCGCCGCCGGACGUUGGCGCCCACCUCGGCCGCAUGGGACGCAAGGUCCCCAAGGGCGAGAGCGCCGUCGAGCACCUUCUGGACGUGAUCCAGGAGUACGACCAGUCGGAGUACGGCGUGGCGGCUCUAGCCGAGUUCUGCCUCACCGGGCUGAAGCCGCCGCGCAUCUCUGACGAGGCAUACUUCUCCAUCUCCAACGUGCGACAGGCAGGGGCAAAGGAGGAAGAGUCGGUUGCUGGUGGAAGCGGAGUCCAUCGCGGAGGCAAUGAGUUCGAUCAUAGCUUGCGAAGCCUCUGGGCCUCCGGCCGGUCACCCUGGAGCGACAGCCAUGGCGGCAGCGCUAUAAUGGACGCGCUUCGCCUUACGCCCUCUCGGCCACGGAGGCCGCCGCAUCCGCCUAACAACCUCUCGCCGGCAUACUACUUCUCGAAGGAGAUCAUGUCGAGCACGCCGACGCCCCACAGCAGCGACUACACGGUGAACGAGGACGACUACCUAACGCCAAACUUCUUCGACGGCGGCGGCGGGCGGCACGAGGCGGCCCGACCCAAGUUCGCGAACUCGUACCCGGUGGAGAUUUGGGUGCUGAUGCGGCGCAACUUCACGAACAUCCGGCGCACCCCGGAGCUGUUCCUGUCCCGGCAGAUGGUGCUGACGGUGAUGGGGAUCAUGAUGGCUACCAUGUUCACGCAUCCUAAGGACACGCCGCAGGGCGUGGCGGAACGCCUCAGCUUCUUCAUCUUCACCGUCUGCCUCUUCUUCUUCUCCUCCAACGAUGCCGUGCCGGCGUUCAUCCAGGAGCGGUUCAUCUUCGUGCGGGAGACUUCCCACAACGCGUACCGCGCCUCCUCCUACGCGCUCGCCGGCCUCAUCACCUACCUACCCUUCCUCCUCCUGCAGGCGGCCACGUACGCCGUGAUCGUGUGGUGGGCGCUCAGGCUGCACGGCAGCUUCGCCUACUUCCUCCUCGUGCUCUACGCGUCGCUGCUGGCCACCAACUCCUUCGUCGUUUUCGUCAGCUCGGUGGUGCCCAAUUUCAUUCUGGGCUACGCGGCGGUCAUCGCCUUCACGGCGCUCUUCUUCCUCUUCUGCGGCUACUUCCUCAGCAGCAGCAGCAUCCCGCGGGGAUGGAAGUGGAUGAACAUCAUCUCCACGAUGAAGUACCCGUACGAGGGAUUCCUCAUGAACGAGUUCGUCAGGGACCGGGUGUUCUACCACAACCCGCUGAACCAGACGCUGCCAGUAACCGGCGCCGACAUCCUGCGGCAGAUGUCGAUCAGCCGAGAGGAGGUGCAGAAGUGGCGGAUGGUGCUGUACCUGGUGGGGUGGGCGGUCAUCUACCGCCUGUUCUUCUACUUGGUCCUGCGCUUCGGAUCCAAGAACCAGAGGUCGUGAUCAUGGUUCACAGAACGCAAGAUCGAUUUGGGUAGAAUCGGAUCGGUCGGGUGGGAUCGGAUAGUAAAUUAAACAAUCCUACCAAAAAUCUUUUAAUUGUAU